UCUGGUCCCGCCUCCUCCCCUUGUUGAUCAGCCAUGCAGUCAACCGAGCGGGCCCUUCCUGUGUCUUGGGUCCCAGAACGGACCGUCUGGUUAAACACCGGCGCCCCCAUGCCACUUCUGGGCCUCGGCACCUUUCGUCUCAAGGGGGACGAGGCCGUCUGGGCCAGCCUGGAUGCGGCCCUGGAGAACGGCUACCGCUUGGUGGACACGGCUGCCGUCUACGGCAACGAAGCUGCGCUCGGGCGGGCCCUGAAGGAUUUGCUGCCUCGCCACCAUCUUGCUCGCGAGGACGUUUUUCUGACCAGCAAGCUGAGCCCGAGAGACCACGGAGAGGAAGCUGCCCACAAGGCUUGCCUCCACAGCUUGCAACAGCUAGACUCUGAUUACCUGGAUCUGUACCUGAUCCACUGGCCGGGGACUCAAGGCCAGCCUCAGGACGACGCUGGGAACCCGGAACGUCGCCUGCAGAGUUGGCGCGCCCUGGAGCGCUUGCACGAAGCCGGCAAGCUCCGGGCGAUUGGCGUCUCCAACUACACCGUCCGUCACCUUCAGGAACUGCUGGACAACUGCCGGGUGACGCCUGCCGUGCUGCAGGUGGAAUUCCACCCCGAACUCGCCCAGACGGAGCUGCUGGAAUUUUGCACCCGGAAGGGCAUCCAUUUGCAAGCUUAUUCCUCGCUGGGGACCGGACCGCUGGUAGAGCAUCCCGAAAUACGGGCCGUAGCCCAGCGGCGUGGUCGCACGGGCGCCCAGGUUUUGCUGCGCUGGGCUCUGCACCAAGGCGUCAGCGUGAUUCCCAAGUCGGCGUCGCCACACCGUGUGGCUGAAAAUGGCCAGCUGUGGUCGUGGGACUUGAGUCCAGCCGACAUGGAACAACUACGACAUCUGGAUUCCGGGAAACGGUACUGCUGGGAUCCCACUGGGGUCGUGUAAGAAGCCAGCUUCCACCGGGAUUCCUCCAACUCUUGAGAAGGUCACCCUGUUCACGAAGUUGAUUUCCCAUUUCGACGCUUGUUGUCUUAUCAAGUCCCAAUGCUGGUGGUUUUAAUUGUUGGUUGAGUGCCUUACCAAAAACUUGAGUCAUUUAGGGCUGAGUCAACCCUAAAUUAGCCAGGUUUAGGAAUGUCAGGCUAUUUUAGUUGCUCGUUUCGGGGGGGGGGGAUCCCAGCCUCCCAGCCAGCUGUGAGAUUGUGGGGUGAAAAAACUGGAAAAAGGCCAAUGAGAAGCCAGAAAUAACAACCUUUAUAUAUACAUUUUUCUUUAGGAAUUGGACAAAUAAACAGCAACGAUACAGAGGGUGAACAUGAGAGAGAGAAAAAAUCCAAUGGUGGUUUUUUUUGGCCUUGUUAAAAUAAAAUCCAGGUAAAUUUGCUUGGUUUUGUAGAAAGAAGAAGAUGGAGAUUCUGGAAAAUUGGGGGGUGUUGGAUACUGAGAAG